GUUGGGCUCGUAUCAGUCUGGGAACCUUGGUUCCUGACCAGGGCCUUUAGACAAUAAUUAGCCGCAGGAAAGGGGGAGGGUCACAAGCCGAGGUAACCUCUCUUGACUGACACAUCAUCCUCCUCCUCAUCCUCAUCACCUGCCGCGGUCUCACUCACAUUGCAGCUAUGACGACCACCUCGGCGAUGAAGAGCUCGUGCCUGGUCCUGGAGAACUUCAUCGGGGGGAAGUUCGUCCCCUGUCGGAGUCACAUCGACUCCUACGACCCGUCCACCGGGGCGGUGUACUGCAGGGUGCCCGACAGCGGGCCGCAGGAGGUGGACGCAGCGGUGGCGGCGGCGCAGGAAGCCUUCCCCAGCUGGUCCGCGCGCAGCCCGGAGCUGCGCGCGCAGGUCCUCAACAAGCUGGCCGACCUGAUGGAGGCGCAGCUGGAGGAGUUCGCCCAGGCGGAGUCCAGAGACCAAGGUAAAACGGUAACAUUUGCUCGGACUGUGGACAUUCCCCGGGCGGUGUACAACUUGCGCUUCUUCGCGUCAUCCGUGCUGCACCACACCACCGAAUGCAGCCAGAUGGACCACAUGGGCUGCAUGAGCUACACCGUCCGCAGCCCUGUGGGCGUGGCUGGUCUGAUCAGCCCCUGGAAUCUCCCCCUGUACCUUCUGACCUGGAAGAUUGCGCCUGCAAUCGCUACCGGCAACACAGUGGUGGCCAAACCCAGCGAGAUGACCUCCGUCACUGCCUGGAUGAUGUGCAGGUUGAUGGAGCAGGCCGGUGUUCCUCCUGGAGUGGUCAACGUCGUAUUUGGCACUGGUCCGAGAGCAGGCGACGCCCUCGUCGGCCAUCCUGAAGUCCCAUUGAUCUCUUUUACUGGUUCCACGGCAACCGCCCAGCGCAUCACCGAGCGGAGCGCCCCGUACUGUAAGAAGCUGUCACUGGAGCUGGGAGGUAAAAACCCCGCCAUCAUCUUUGCUGAUGCAAACCUGGACCAGUGCAUCGAGACCACAAUUCGCUCCAGCUUUAACAACCAGGGAGAAAUCUGCCUGUGUACCAGCAGGAUUUAUGUCGAGAGGAGUAUUUACUCUGAGUUCCUGACGAGGUUUGUGGCUGCAGCUAAGAAGUUCAAGACCGGUGUGCCCUCUGACCCCAGCAGCAGCAACGGAGCGCUCAUCAGCAAAGAGCACCUUGAGAAGGUUCGAGGCUUCGUAGCACUCGCCAAAUCUGAAGGUGGCACCGUCCACUGUGGCGAAGGGGUUGACCGGCUGGACCUCCCCGAGCGCAACGCCAACGGGUACUUCAUGCCGGCCACCGUCAUAUCCGGCGUCGCCGAAAGCUCCCGCGUCAUGCAGGAGGAGAUCUUCGGCCCCGUCACCUGCGUUAGCCCCUUUGACUCGGAGGAAGAGGCGGUUGCCAAGGGCAACGGCGUGCGCUACGGCCUGUCGGCCACCGUGUGGUCCAGCGACGUGGGGAAGGUUCACCGGGUGGCCAGGCGGUUACAGGCAGGUCUGGUGUGGACCAACUGCUGGCUGGUGAGAGAUCUUAACCUGCCCUUCGGAGGGAUGAAGAACUCUGGCGUGGGGAGGGAGGGGGGGAAGGAUUCCUACCACUUCUUCACCGAGGUGAAGACCAUCACAAUCAAGUACUAAGGAGGAAUGGAAGGUGGAGAAAUGCGAAGAAAGUUUGUUAGAUGCUAUUAAUCACUUUUGGAAACUCCCCCCCCCCUUUCUUUAGCUGUUGUGUAAAAAAAAAAAUGUAAAAAAAAAAUGAU